GGCUGACCUCGCUCCCCGGAGCCGUCCAGUCGCCGCCUUCCCCAGAUCCGGGAGAUUUAAAAGCGGCAGCGCUCCCGCCCAGCACUUCCAAAGCAUCGGCAGAGCGGCAGGGAAAAAGCCAAGGAAACGAGCAGGAGCGCCGGCGGAAAGAGGCACCAUGCGAAGAGAGAGCGCUUGCAGCACCCAGCCGGAGCUGCGCCCGUUGCCGGCAGCAGCCUUUGCUCAGGACGGCAGCCCCGGCAAAGCCGGUCGCCCCAGCCGGGGGAAGCCGGGUCCCGGAAUACCCUGGAGGUUGCUGCUCGCCUUGCUGGCCUUUGGGGUGAGCUCCUGCAAAGGUGCACCAGUGGUGUCCCAUGUUCUCCAAGGAGAAAAAGUGUGGAAUGAGAUAGAGGAUAUGUGUUCUGCUAUCCCAGCUAUAGAUACUCUGCCUCAGCCAUCCAAUGCACUGGAAGAAUUUUGCUUUAUGGUUCUGGAAUUUCUACAGAAUGAUAAGCUAUCUCCCCAACGGGGCUUCUGUAGGCGGCUGGUUAGCAGAAUCAUUGCUCAAAUUCCAUUGGUCACACACCCUAUGCUGCCACUGGUGCCCCAACUUCAUGACCGGAGACAGAAGAGAUACAAAGCGGAUGAAGAACUUCAAAUACCUGGAGGAGUUCAAAGUAGACGAUACUUUAUGUUCCGACCACGUAAUGGAAGAAGAUCAGCUACUUUCUAUUAAAAAGGCUUGUUCUUGGAUCACUUCCACGGCUGCAGAAAAAAUGGACAUCUUAUGCGCUAUUAAAUGUCAAAGCUUUUUUUAAAGAUACCCUAUCCACAAUACAAAAUUCUUACAAUUAAAAAUGCAAACUUCUGCAUGUUUACUCACAAAGAAGUUAUUGUUUAAUGGGGCUUACGCUCACAUUAGCGUGUACAGGUUUGCAAUCUAAAGUACAAUUUUUAAAGCAUCUUAAAAUUAUUCUGUUCCCUUGUGUUACAGUUUUUGAAAUGGUGUGAAAUUAAAUUAUAAACAAAAGUGUUGUAAUGGACCUUGUCAGUUGAGUGAAUGCUACAUACAUAUAGAUUUUUUCCUCCUUUAUUGUAAAUAAAAACAUUCAGUAGAGAGUUGUUUUUAAUGAGAGUAUUUUAAUGAGAAUGUUACUGGUUGUUAGUGCCAUAUUUCUGUGCUUUGAGUCUUACGAUUUCCAAUUUGGCUUACGUGUUUUUUCAAUACAACUAGUGCACUAAUAUCCAAAAUAUUUUUAAAUGGGCCUUUCUUGCAUAUUAUGAUAUUAUGAUGUUUCUGCUGAUGAAGCAGGAGAGCAUUGGAAGUGGGGUUAACAGAAAUGAGGAAUGUUCAAAAUCUUGAUUUCAUCUCUUUUGUUACCAUCUAUACUUAAACAUUCCAUGCCUGUGGCGUUCAACUUUAAUGACACACUGUCUUGUACUUAGCCUUUUAAACUUUUUUGAAAAA